AUGGAGGUUGACAAAUGGGUUCGAGCCCAUAAUAAAAAGCUGUUGGUCGCUGAUACCCGUGGGCUUUUUGGUAUGAUAUUUGUUGACUUUGGUCCGGCACAUAUAAUCGAGGAUGACAACGGUGAACCAUGUCAAGAGGUGCUGAUCGAACAUGUCGACAAGUUGUCUGGUGACGUGACAUGCCUCGAGGACACUCGCCACGGCUUCCAAGACGGGGACUAUGUUCGCUUUUCAGAGGUGGUCGGUAUGACGGAACUGAACAACGCCUUACCGCGCAAAAUAACCGUUAAAAAUCCGUGUAAAUUCAACAUCGGUGAUGUAUCCAAAUUUUCUGACUACGUAGAAGGUGGAAAGGCGAAACAAGUUAAAAUGCCCUCUCGAAUGGCAUUGGCUGUAACUGUUGUAUUGAUCGAUUUGCACUUGGUUCCGAUGGAAACGGUGGUUGAAUUUUUCGAGUACCCAUAA